AUUACUCUACAUCACUAACCCGCCACUAUGUCCGAGCGAAAAGUCCUCUCCAAAUACUACCCCCCGGACUUCGAUCCGUCGGCCAUCACCCGCACGCCGAAACACCUCCGCAGCACCGGCCCCAAGGUGAUCACCGUUCGUCUGAUGGCGCCGUUCUCGAUGAAAUGCACUCACUGCGGAGAAUACAUCUACCGCGGCCGGAAAUUCAACGCGCGCAAAGAAACCACGGAGGAAAAAUACUUCUCGAUCCCGAUCUACCGGUUCUACAUCCGAUGCACGCGCUGCAGCGGGGAGAUCACGUUCGUGACCGACCCGAAAAACAUGGACUACCGGGCGGAGAAGGGGGCGAAACGGAACUUCGAGCCGUGGCGCGACGCGUCGGCGGCGGCGGGGACGUACAACGAGACGGAGCAGGAGACGCUGGAUCGGCUGGAGAAGGAGGAGGGCGAGGAGCAGGAGCAGCAGGAGCGGGAUAAGAUGGCGGAGCUGGAGGAGAAGAUGCAUGAUUCGAAGCGGGAGAUGGCGAUUGCGGAUGCGCUGGAUGAGAUUCGGACGCGGAAUGCGAGGAUUGCGCGGACGGAGGGGCUGGGCGAGGAUGUGGCGUUGGGGCAGGUGAGGGGGGAGGUGGAUGAGAACAGGGAGAGGGAGGAGAGGGAGGAUGAGGAGGCGGCGAGGAGGGCGUUUACGACGGAGACGGGGGAGAAGGUGAAGCGGUUGGUGGAGGAGGAGGAGGAUGCGCAGGAGGGUCCGUCGACUGGUGUUGGUUCUGGUGCUGGUGCUGGACCGUCGGCGGAUGCGAAGCCAACAGGCGCGAUGCCUCCUCCGCCUUCGUUUGCAAGGACCAAGAAGCCCAAGAAGCCGUUGGUGAAUGGACUGGGCAUUAAGAAGAAGGCCAAGCCGUCGCUGGUCUAGUCUUUUAGAUCAUCUUGUCUACACUAUCGUCCUUUCGAGACGCGGCGUUCGAGACUGUAUACACAUUUGCAUAAGCUAGCAACUAUGAUCACCACGAUUGAUUGCAUUACUUGAAAACCAGUGAUGUUAAAGUUAUUCAUCUGACUGAAUAUUAAUUAUGAUAC